AUGCGCUUCCACUGCAUGCCCCUCCUCUACGUCCUCUCCUUCUUCCUCCUCGUCUCUGCCCUCUUCUCCGUCCUUCUCUCACUAGCCCCCUGCUUCGUCAAGUCCAAGAACCACUGCUACCGCGGCUAUGAAUCCCACUACUCCUUCGACGUCGACAAGGCCGACCACGCCGAAUGGAUGAAGGCCAUCCCGGACGAGGCCAACCUCACCUCCCUCUCCAUCCCGGGCACCCACGACACCCUCACCUACGACCUCACAAACCAGGUCUUCCAAUGCCAGAACCACAACCUCUCAGCCCAGCUGCACGCCGGCAUGCGCUACCUCGACAUCCGGGGCCGCCUCGUCAACGACUCCAUAGAGAUCUACCACGCCUCCAUGUACACGGGCCACUCCUACACGGAAGUCCUCCUCACCCUCUUCGACUUCCUCGACGACCACCCCAGCGAGACCAUCGUCAUGCGCCUCAAGGAGGAGGGCAGGCCCCUCGGCACAAACAGCAUGACCUUUGAGGACGCCUUCAACUACUACCUGCACAACUCUACCGCCACCUCCCCCGGCGCCAAAUCCCACUUCCGCAAGCACAACCCGCGCAAGCCCUACCCGACCCUCGGCGCCCUCCGCGGCAAGAUCUUCUUGCUGCAAAACUUCCCCUCCAAGGGCCCCGAGAGCCCUUACGGCGUCAUCUGGGAGUCGGCCGACAUGGUCCUGGAGGACCUCUGGAUCAUCCCCAGCGUCGAGCACCUCUACAUGAAGUGGGAGGCCGUCGAGAACGCCCUCCGCCGCGCCGCCACCGCGAAGCCGCACGCUAACCGCGUCCUCUACCUCGCGCACCUGAGCGCCAGCGUCGGCGUGCUGCCCAUCGAGGCCGCGGCGGGGAACCUGAACCGGACGGUGGCCGGCAUCAACGACCGCACCGGCGACUGGCUCGCUGCGACGGCGGACCGGGGUGACAGCGGGAUGACGGGUAUCGUGAUUAUCGACUUCCCCGGCAAGGAGCUGGUGGAUCUGGUACUGGCGCGGAAUAGACCGCUGACGGACCGGAGUGCCGAGUUGUGA